AGUGAGAGCAGGGCAGUGAGACCUGCGCCCCAAUAUGAUAGUCCUGCUUUCCAGACGCACCCUGGCCUCUUUGCGGAAAGGGUUGGGGGGAUGUGGAGGAAAAACCGAUUCUGGUUCCCUCCCCUCGAGGCUGCUGCGGACUUUCAGGCUUUCGCUUUCGCUUCCUCCUCUGCGAACAGAGCGGGCAGACCUGCGGUGCCAGCGGACCAUGGCGCUGCUGGAGGUGUGCGGAGCCCCCCGGGGGCAGCGGGACAGCUGGGCCCUCCCCGCGCUGGACAGCGAUCUCCGCUCAGACCCUGGACACUACAGCUUCUCCAUGUGCUCUCCGGAGCUCGCCCUCCCCCGGGGGAUGCAGCCCACCGAUUUCUUUCAGUCCCUGAAUGGGAAUGGGGAAAGCAACGUGCAGAUUGAGAUGGCCCAUGGCACUACUACCCUGGCCUUCAAGUUCCAGCAUGGAGUGAUUGUGGCUGUGGAUUCUCGGGCCUCUACUGGGAGUUAUAUUGCCAGUUUAAGGAUGAACAAGGUGAUUGAGAUUAACCCCUAUCUGCUUGGCACCAUGUCUGGCUGUGCUGCAGACUGUCAGUUCUGGGAACGUCUGCUGGCCAAGGAAUGCAGGCUGUACUAUCUGCGGAAUGGGGAGCGUAUCUCAGUGUCUGCAGCCUCCAAGCUGUUGUCCAACAUGAUGUGCCAGUACCGGGGCAUGGGCCUUUCCAUGGGCAGUAUGAUCUGUGGCUGGGACAAGAAGGGUCCUGGACUGUACUACGUGGAUGAAAAUGGGACUCGACUCUCAGGGAAUAUGUUCUCCACUGGUAGUGGGAACACUUACGCCUAUGGGGUCAUGGAUAGUGGUUAUCAGCACGAUCUUAGUCCCGAAGAAGCCUAUGACCUGGGCCGCAGAGCUAUUGUUCAUGCCACCCACCGAGACAGCUACUCUGGAGGCGUUGUCAAUAUGUACCACAUGAAGGAAGAUGGCUGGGUGAAGGUGGAAAGCACAGAUGUCAGUGACCUGAUGCAUAAGUACCAGGAGGCCAGUCAGUAAUGGUGGUGAUGGCAGUGACAGUGGCUGGACAGGCCUCCUCUUGGAAGGCCUGGCAUCUCAGGGACUUGAGUCAGCUUAUGCUUGAGGAGAAAAAGGAACCUAACCUGAGCCUAGAGAUGGAGAAAUGCAAUCAGUCAUCACUUACUCUUUAUUGUGUUAUUUCAACAAGCACCCACCCUCUCUAUAUCAGUUUCCUGAGUUAUCCCACAAAGUACAAUAAAUGAAAUAUGGUUAUAAAUA